GCAGGUUCUUCGAACUCAACGCAUCUAGGACGGAACUCACCAACUCCCCCCACUCCCAGCCCUUACACUGCAUUCUUCAGUAGCAGCGAUACUAUUCCACUGUGCUACUUCACCCAGAAACCUGGGCACCAGCCCAGAGCAGAGCUUGCAAAUGCCAGCGAGCGUCCGCAUCACCGGACUCCUCGUGCAGACACUCACCCUGGGCCCACACUGGACGCUGCAGGGUCCACACCUGGAGCAGCAUGGACUACACUAUCUCUGCCUCACUCCCUUCAUUCCACAGCUCACUGAGUUGGAAGGCAGCACAGCACCUUCCCUUCCUCCCAGCCCUGCCUCCUUCUGCAGAGCGGAGCUUAAUAGAACUUUGUUGUUUUGCCUUUUACUCUGCGGGGAGAGAAGCAGACGAUGAGGAGAAAAUAAUGAAUGUCAAAGGAAAAGUGAUUCUGUCAAUGCUGGUUGUCUCCACUGUAAUUGUUGUGUUUUGGGAAUAUAUCCACAGCCCAGAAGGCUCUUUCUUGUGGAUAUAUCACUCAAAAGGAGAAAACCAAGAUUCAGAGAGGGAAAAGUUCCCAUCACGGUCAUACUACCAAAACCCAGAAGUUGGUGACAGCAGAAUUCAGAAGGGCUGGUGGUUUCCAAGCUGGUUUAACAACGGGACCCGCAUUUACCAAGAAGAGGAAGACAUAGAUGAUGAAAAUGAACAAGGAGAGGAAAACAACGAAGAGCUUCCGCUAUCAGACUGGUUUAACCCACAGAAACGUCCAGAGGUUCUGACAGUGACCGGAUGGAAGGCGCCGGUCGUGUGGGAAGGCACUUACAACAGGACCAUCCUAGAAAAUUACUAUGCCAAACAGAAAAUUACUGUGGGUUUGACGGUUUUUGCUGUUGGAAGAUACAUCGAGCAUUACUUGGAGGAGUUCUUAAUAUCUGCCAAUAGGUACUUCAUGGUUGGCCACAGAGUCAUAUUUUAUAUCAUGGUAGACGAUGUCUCCAGGAUGCCCUUGAUAGAGCUGGGUCCUCUGCGUUCCUUCAAAGUUUUUGAGAUUGAGCCUGAGAAGAGGUGGCAGGACGUCAGCAUGAUGCGUAUGAAGACCAUUGGGGAGCACAUUGUGGCCCACAUCCGGCAUGAAGUGGACUUCCUCUUCUGCAUGGAUGUGGACCAGGUCUUCCAAGAUAGCUUUGGAGUGGAGACCCUGGGCCAGUCAGUGGCUCAGCUGCAGGCCUGGUGGUACAAGGCAGAUCCCAAUGAGUUUACCUAUGAGAGGCGGAAGGAGUCUGCAGCCUACAUUCCAUUUGGCCAGGGGGAUUUUUAUUACCAUGCAGCCAUUUUUGGAGGAACACCCACUCAGGUCCUAAACAUCACCCAGGAGUGCUUCAAGGGAAUCCUUCAGGAUAAGAAAAAUGACAUAGAAGCUGAGUGGCAUGAUGAAAGUCACCUAAACAAGUAUUUCCUUCUCAACAAACCCACUAAAAUCUUAUCCCCAGAAUACUGCUGGGAUUAUCACAUAGGCCUGCCUUCAGAUAUUAAGACUGUCAAGAUAUCUUGGCAGACAAAAGAGUAUAAUUUGGUUAGAAAUAAUAUCUGACUUUAAACUGUGCCAGUAGGUUUCUGAAUUUGAGAGAGUAUGAUUCUGGCAACUUUCUCAGAAGAGUAACACUUAACUUUUAAACAAUACUAACAAAACACCAAUACAGCAAAUAUUUGCUCUUCUUCCUUAUAACUUCGAACCUUGCAGUAUGGGAGAAUGAACCUAUGGUGAUCAGAUGUAAAUUCCCAGUGAUUUCUUAUUUUUUUGGGUUUGGGGAAAAUACUAUCAACUGAACCAAAAAUAAAAAAUAAAAAAAGUUGACACAACAAAAAGCCAGAAACACUCUGCACGUGCCGGAUAAUGUACUGGAGAAAAGGGUGCUAAGGAAGUGUUUGGCAACAAGAUCCAGUUGUGGGGGGUCAUCCCCUUGACUUCAUUGUCCUUGCUGAGUUGCUUGGCAGCAGAACUCUUGAGUAAGGACACAGUCCCCCUUGGCAAUCCUCAGAUGGUUUCAGUAGCAGACUGCUUCAGGCCAUUGGCUGUCCAUGUUCUUUUCCCAUCAGGAAAAUGGCAUUUGGCUUCUGUACAGAAGAUUGGUGGAGAUUCCCAGUGGACAUCAUGGUGGUGAAGGUUUGGAGUCCCAGGGAAUGUGAAUGAGCCAGUGGGGGCUCAGCAUGGAGUGAAAACAAAAGACUGAAAGUGAGUUUGCCCUGAAGUGGCAGAGAGUGGGAAAAGAGGAGCCACCCCUGAGGGGCUCAGGGUACGGGGCUGGUGCUUAAACACAGCACGGAUCCAGGUGCUGAGUGGGAGGCCAUGUGGGCGAUCUCCGGCCUCCUCAGACCCACAACAACCAGAGCGGUGGGGGCUGGCAUGGAAGAUGCUUCUUGUUUUGCCCAAGUCACUUUUAGUCUGCCGGACUCUGCCACUUGUGUGUCUUCAGUUCUGUGGCCGGAGGAAGUGGAUGGUGUCAGAGAAGGCAAAGGCCCAUGGUGGACUGAAGAGGCUGGCUAGGAGUUCCACUUUCCAAACCUGGGCUUCAUGACAAUCAGUCGUCAACGUGUCCUGCGGCUGCCUGCUCUAACCCUCAGGGGCCCCCAGCCCAUCAUGCCCCAAAGUGGAGGGCUGACAAUCCAGGAGUGGACCGGAUUGGAAAAACCCUCUCCUUUUCCCCUGCCCCGUCUGCGCUAAAGCAGUGGAACAACCAGAUAUGGUGAAUAAAGUGGAUAAUUGCUUUUAUAUCACAAGCAGAAGGGAUGGCGAUGGGAGAUCCAGUCCUCAUGACUGAACAUCUUAACAUACAGUUCCCUUCUCUAAGAGAAGCUCGGAAAUCCUACAUAUUCUUUAAAGUUAAGCGAUUCAGUGUCAAGGAAGUUGGGAGGCAACAUCUACUUAGGCAGGUAUAUUUAUACUUCGCUUGUAUUCCAGUUUGGGUCAUUUUGUUUCCAUUUUUAAGUGAUGGAUUUGAAGAGCCACUGCCCUGGCUGCACAGUGGGCGCAAUGGGCUUAUGUGAUCCAAAUGAAACCCACAUUUUUUCCUACCAUUUCACUGUGUCUCCUACUCUUUAGUCCUUGCCAAAAAAAUCUCCCAACCUAGCAAAACCAAACCAAACCAACAAAAAUCCUGAAGAAGUGGACUUCGUGAAAGAAAACGGAGACCGCAUGUCAGUUAGGAUGCUGCCUCUCCAGGAUUCAAGUUUUCUGGGAUCCAUUCUGGAGUAGAGACAGUUGAGCAUUUAAGUCCUACACCAAAGAAAUGAUCUAUCUUAAAAGAUUAGGGGAAAGGGUUGAUGUUUACUUUUGAGGGAAUCUUCAUUUCUUUUUAUUCGUUUAAAUUUAAAUCCCAAAUGAACAAACUCAAGAUCUCAUGAGUAGUUAUUCUUAAACAUUGGAAAAAAACAGUAAUAAAAUUCCUGAUUCACAACUGAAUAAAUUAUUUUCUCAGUA